AUGGUUGUCUAUUUAGGGGGUGUAGAUGUGCGUUUCACCCAGGAACCUUCUAACCCAAGCUAUUUUAAGAAUGGUAGUGAUGCCAACCUGGUGUGGGACUACACUGAUCCACAUAACGAAAUUCAGUACAUUACCUAUAGUGUUCUGGUAGAUGGCACAUUUGUCAGAAUGAUUUUUAAUGACAGUGGUGGUGUUCAAGAACAUCCUAAAAUUCCUCCAUCUUACAAAGGAAGAGUUAAAAUUGAAGGAAGAGCUACCCUGGUUAUCAAGAACAUUAACCCUGGAGACAAUACCGAAUUUGAAUGUGAAUUGAUUGGAGACUUUUUGUAUGUGGUACAAAGCACAGUGCAACUUAUUGUGGCAGGUAUGUAUGACAAAAGAAAGUCAUCAAUAGUCAAACAUAAAUGAAAUGCAUUCAACUCAUGUCUGUCAUAUUUCUGAGGUCUGGAGAAAGUAAUCAAUAGCAUAAAUAUGCACAAACCUUUAUAUGCUGGGCUGAAAGUAGCUAGCUAACCCAACUUUUAGGAAAAAUAGUGCUACUUUUACUUGGCAAAAACUGCAAAACUGGCAGCACUCCUAAAAGGAGAAACAAAAUUCUACCAUUUACUUUGCUGUCUCUCAAGAGUUAGAAAUCAAAGUGUUAUCAGAGAGUUAUUUCUUUAUUCUUCUGGCACCUACUACUGGGUUACUCUGUUAUGCAUAGAUAACUAUAAUAUUAGUAUGAGUACUAAGAUUUUCUUCAAGUAAAGCUGUCGAUGGUCAGUCAAAACUAGAAACAAUCUGACUGGUUGCAUGAUAAAUCAAUGAAGGAAAAUAUUGCAUGACCAAUCACAGGCAGCAUGUGAAAUUAAUUUGGUGUAAAAAUCAUAUCGCUUUUCAAGCCUUUUAAAGAGACUCGCCAGAGGGAAUGAAAGUCAGCAUUGCAUCAUUUGCAGCUUUCUGAGGAUUAAUAUGAUGAUCUUCAAGGUUUGCAGAUGUAAAUUUCAUUAACAGAUUGGUGACUUCCUUAAGUAAUUUCUGACAUUAAGGAGCAAGUCAAAACAAAAUUUUUUAAAGUUAUGAAAACAAUUAACCAAUGAAGUCUGCAAUCCAAGCUCUUUAUCCUCUGUGAAAGACACUGAGCAUGGAAACAGAAAAUAAUUCGAUGAUGAUCAAUGUGGUCUGGCAGGAAUGUUGUUUUUAGGAGAUGUUGUUUUCAUGGAGGUCAGUUCAACACCUUUGUUUUUGUUGCUGACUUUAGUUUCCCCACUGAGAAACUGGCUGAAUUCCACAAAAGCAACAAGAGACCAAAAAAGUAUUCCAUUUCAAUUUACGGUAUGAAACGUUUUAGGGAGCUUACGUGUAUGUGACCAUCCUGGCUCAUGAAUGAAAAUUGUUUGCACUUACCAGCCAUUACAUAAUCUUCUUUCUUUCAUUUAUUUUAUUUAUGCAGUUGCUAUGUUGUGUUGGCUUAUUUUAAUUGUAAUGUGAUACCUGUCACAUUACUUCUCUUUCCAAAUUGUAUUAUGAUAGAAAGAUACCAGGUUAUUAUGGCUCAAAAGGGGGCAGAACGAAUCAUCAUUUGCAUUUGGUGUGUGUAGCCCAAAGCCAAUCCAUGUCUCAUAUUUCACUUGUAGAAAAAAAAAUCAAGUGCCAGACAACCUUUGGUUUUUUUGUUUUGUUUUGUUUUGCUUUACCAUAAGAAGGCAAUUCUUAUUCAUGUAUCACUGCCAUCUUUGGAACAGAUUUGCCAAAGUUUUUUAACAUGGUUCUUGUGUACCCUCUCGAUCAAGACAGACCUAAUUCAACCCUAAAAUGAAAAGGUACUGUAAAUAUGCCAAAGAAUACUUGAAUCUCAAUAAAUUGGUUAUUUAAGUCUUAAAGGCUACUUCUUGAUCCUUAAUAGCAAUGGGAAUUAAGCUGUAAAUUGGAAACCAAAGGUUCUGAAUGAAGUGAAGCUUUGUGACAUCUGGUCAAAUCCACCCCUGGCAUAUAUCAUUUGCAAGUAUUAUAUAUCUACAAAGUACUGUUUAGCGUUUUAUUUAAAAAAAUUAAAAUUACUUUUCCUGGUAAAAAGAGGCAUAAUCAAGGAAACUUCACCUCCCACUUUGGCUCAUGCCUUCUCUUUUAGUGACUGGUGGGAUACUCGGCUGGAGCUGGGGGUGGGGGCGGGGAAUUUGUUUUGUUGUUUCUUGUUUCUUCGGUAGUUUUCGUUAUUUUCUCGUCCUUUAGUCCUUUCCUGUUUAAGGUUCUGAGGUCAAGCGACUCUAAAUAAAGAGGAAAAUGUGUAUUUGUGAAAAACUUUAAUUUAAAUUAUUUUUGGGACAUGAUGCAUUCUCGAAGCUUUACGGAGGUCUGUAGAGGUGACCCCAAUUUCCUGAUGUCACUGUGAACUCUGAAAGAUUCUAGUCAAAUAUUAUGUCUAUUAUGGACUCAGGAAAAACCAAUAGCUCCAUUCAAUUUUCAAAAUCUUAAAGGGAGGCAGCUGUUUGCACACACUUAUAAGGCAAAACGCAUGAUAAUGGUCUUCCAACUAAAUGUAGCUUGUGAUAUCUCGCACUGAGAGCCCUUAGCUAUCAUUACAUUUGAUUGAAAGGCUGGUGUAUCCAUUAAUGAUAAUUUCAUGUAGCAUCAGCUUUAUUUGCAUGAAAGCUGUUUUGGAUUGUGGUAUAGAUCUAUUGUACACUUCCACAUGAUGAAACCAGUUGUGCUAUGUAACUCUCUUAAGGCUCUUGUACCUGACAGAUUUUUGGGCAGAGCUAGAACCUUUAAGUCUCGAGUAUAGGUCAUUAUAAAUCUAAACAAAAUUACUUAGAAUUCUAUAAUGAUUGCUGGUUUAUUCAAUAACUCCUUCCAAGAUUUUGUAGUAUUAUCAACUGGAUGACAAGCUACAUCAGGACCCCAAUUCUUGUAUUGUUUAGUAACUGUGGAUCAAGUUGGCGUAUACUUACACUAACGAUAUCUUUGUUACAACUUCAGUUGGAAGCUCUCCAAAUUGUUGCCUCUUAAAUUCUAAACAAAGUUUAAUAGGGCCUAAUACAGUUGAGUGGGAGAUGGAGAUAUUUGAAGAUGCACAACUAGUAUUAUUCAUCUUUAGAUAGGACUUUUCGAACAAGCCGCUCCAUUCUCAAGGAAUCUAUAUACAGUUUCCUCAACCUUUAACAUUUGCACAAAGCAUAGUGCUACUCACUAUUAAAAAUCAAGUUUUUUAGUCUGUCGUUAAAUUAGAUUUCCUCCUUUCACCAAUACUCUCUCAGCUACUCUGGCUGGCAAGGAAUGUUCUGCAUUUCUUACUCAAACCUUUUUUUGCAACAAGAAUAUUACUUCCAGCACAAAGAUGAAUCAAGUAGUGUUUUUGAUGUCGCCUUUCCACUUUCUGCUUCAACAGCUCCUUUCCCACCUUCUCUUGUAGUUUCUUGAUGAACACCAGCAUCUCUUGAUGGUCUGGAAGACAGUUUCUUUGCUAAUGUCAAACGAGCUCAAAUCUUGUGUCGAUUAAUACUUAGAACUGCUUUGCGUAGAUUUAAGCCGCCUUUUCCCUCUCCAGUUUUUCUCACCCAAUAUUCUGGGUACUGUCUGUUUUCUGCAUUUCACCAAAACUAAGACUGGACCAUAUGGUUUAAACAUUUGAUUGUUUGCUUGCCUAUUCAUUUGCUUGCAAGUGCCUCUGUUUGCCUCACAUCACUUAAGUUUUAAGGACCAACUCAAAUUAUCUCGAUCAAUAAAACAAGUUUUAGCUCAAAUUGUUUACAUUGGUCUCCAUUCAGUCCAUUCUUAAUGCAGGAAAGUAAAUUCGUUUUCUUUGCAUUUGAAAUGGGCUCAAGAAAGUUUUAUUUGCGGGUUUAAUUUCUUCGAACUGCGGAGGAAAAGUCCAAAACUCUCCCUUCUGUAACUCCCUUUGCAGAACAAUCAUGACGAAAAAUCAAUUGAUUUAAUGUUUGACAAAGGAAUGAUCAGUAAAAGGAGAUGAGUAAGGUCUUUUAACUUUAAGUAAUGGGCAAGCCGCAUUCAGCAUGCCACUGGUAUAUUCUUUUUAUUGCGAAGAAGCCAUAGUUUCUCUUUCAUUAAAAUUUCAGUUUUCUGGUUUGAGGAUGUCUUCUGUAGAUUCUUUGUCAGACCAAGUUCCAAGUGGGGUGUGGCUUGAUUGGCUCUGUUCCUAUUUGUUUGAGCAGGGGCAAAAAUUUUAUCCACUAAAAUGGAAGUAGCUUAGAAACCAGGGUCCUUAGCCUAAAGAGUGACUUCCUGAAUCAGCCCAUAAUUCCCUAGACUGGGGCUUUGCUUUAUAAUUUUUCUUGUGAGCAAGUUCUUCAGUAGCUAAUGCCAACAGGUUAACUUGUGUUGAAUGAAGUUUGAGCUCCCUUAUUCUAGGUGGUUGUUGGGGACCAACUGCUGGCUGCUUUUGUCUGUUUUAUUGAAAUUGGGUAAAUAUUAAUUUUAAGUAAGAUUUGCUACGCUAUACGAGGAAUGAUAUAAUCUCUUUUUACCUUUCAGAGGCACUACUUAUAAACAUCUCUUUAAGAGGAAAAUAUCACAUUGAGGGAUCCCCUGUCACCAUGGCCUGUGAAGCUUCUGGGAAACCACCGCCGGAUGUGGCAUGGAUUAAAAAUGGAGUACUGGAAAGUUCAGGGAAGAAAGCUACGUUUUUAAAGUUCGAUAACAUAAACAGAAGAGAUGCAGGACAAUAUACAUGUCGAGCCAAUAACUCAGUGGAAUUCACUUCUAUUGAUACAUCAAUUGUAGUUCAGUGU